AAUGUCAGUACUCAAAUGCUCUAUGUAGAGAUGUUUUUCAUAUUCAGUUUUUCCUAUAUUCACUUAAGAUACAUAAUUUUUUUAACAAAUAUGGGAAUCAUAUCAAGCAUUGACACUGAAGACAGAACAAUAAAUAAGAAUGUAGAUAUGGUUCUAUUCAGUCAGUGUUUCGAAGAUAUAGGAUGCAUAGAAGUCACAAAAGAAUGGUAUCAUGAGAAACAUAGACCUGUCAAUUACAAACCUUUAGAGCGUCAUGUUAUAAAAACGGAGUUCCUUGUAUUGGGCAUUGAUGACAGUGAUACUUUGGUCUUCGAGAAAGCAUCUGCAAACGCAAAAUCACUCAACAACGCUGGUUUUCAGAGAGGCUCUGAUGUUCUCAUAGCCAUACAUGAUUUCACCAGCAACGGAUAUACUGGAUGGAUCAAGCACCUUGCAUCAGCUGUUCUGGAAAAGUAUUCUGUUAAUGUGAUUUCUGUAGACUGGGAGGCAGGGGCUGAACCUCCUUUCGACCAGGCUAUAGCGAAUGCGAGGGUAGUUGCUCUGGAAAUAAUUGUUUUCAUAAACAUACUGCUGACAUUAGGAUCAUGCAAGGAUGACAUACACUUGAUAGGACAUGGAGUUGGAGCUCAUAUUGCAGGGUAUGUCGGACAAGAAAUAAACGGGUUGAAGAAAAUUUCAGGAUUGGACCCAACAGGUCCCAGAUUUGAAUUCAUGCCAGAGAUUGUUCGUUUGCAUGCAGGUUGUGCAAAAUACGUCGAAGUAUUACACACAGACUAUUCCAUAAGUGUGAGUCAAGGUGCAGGACAAUUCAUGGGUGAUGCAGAUUUCUUCAUAAACAACGCAGAUGUACAACCAGGAUGUAAAGAAGUUAAGCACCAUUCGAUAUUGAAACUCGGAAGACAAGAACUUCUGCCUGGACAAAUUUUACCCGGCUGCAGCCAUAAAAGAGCUUUCAAGUAUUUCAUAGAGUCCAUAGAAAACAGAGACUGUGUGUUUGUGGGUGUGCGUUGUGCAAAUUAUGAAAACUUUCUGGAUGGGAAAUGUAUCUCAUGCAUGUCUGACGAGGAUGAGGAUCUAUGCAUAACCUUCGGGCUACUUGCAAAACAUAACAUAACAUCGAAUUCUUCUUUUUAUUUGAACACAGCCGCUGAUAGUCCUUAUUGCUUGUAUACUUACGCUAUAUCAGUGGAACUGGAUUCAGACAAGAGUAGUUACACCGGAUAUUUCGAGAUGUUUUUGACUGAUGAAGAUAAUCACGUGGCUAACUUGUCGUUCCCUGACCCGAAAAAUAAAUAUCGUACUUACAAACCAAAGUCUGAUAAUACUUACUUGUACUACGCAUCACAUCCAAAGUUAUCAAGACUGAAGGAAGCUAAAGUCAAAUGGAACAAGAAGCAUACAUUGAUUGGAAAAUUCAAGAUGGGAAAAGAUGGAAUACCUGUUAAAAAAAUAAAAUUCGAACCAAUAACAAGGGGAUCAAUUGCAACAACACUCUUCAAACCAGAUUUUUGUGGAGAAUCAAAUAUGAUACCGAACGGGGUUUACAGAACUUUCAAAGCCUACGAAAUAGUUCCAAAACUAAAGCCAAAACGAUAUGGGGAAACAACUCCUCUUCCAAAGACUACAACAACGACGGCUAAAGUGCAUAAAACUAUGAAAAUCAAACAGAAAUCAACAACAACAGAGCAACCCACAAUGAAGAAGAAGAGAAAUUAACAGCAGGCAUUACGCAUUAUUUAUUUUACACUAAUAAAAUCAGGUAAUAUUAAUAUACAAUAAUUUCGACUGUAACAAUAAAUCUAUAAACAUUUAAUGACUGUUUACUUCCAUGAUGUGCGAUUCUUUAUUUAUAUUACCUAUUCACACAGCGAGGUACAAAAUGGAAGUACCUACAUAAUUCUUUUAGGUACAUCGUUUCAAAAUGACCCUUAUUCAAGAUGUUUUCGUUGAAUUUGGUUUUGAUUGUUUCUACAUUUUAUUUUUAAUAUCUGUAAGUUCUCGACUCGAAUACAUAUAGGUGAAUUUACAUACAAUAUUUUCAACUCUUCAAGUUAAAUAUAGGUUUAAUGUCGAAUAUUAUAACUUCAGAUAUUGAUUGUGAAAAUAUGAAUCACAUGAUUGAUUUGGAAAUCGAGGCAGUAAAGCUUUCAAAUAUUGUUAA